AUGAGGUACCGUAUCCUGAACCCCAUGGCUAUCCCUGAGGAAUCCUUUGUGGACAGCAGGAAGGCUGUUGAGAAGCUGCUGAGAUCGCUGGACACAUUGACCACACCCAGUACAAAGACAAAUCCAGUAAAACAUCUUGGCGUUUACAGUGGUGAAGAACUGGCCCUGCUUUUCUUCAAGCUCAGGCCUCUCCUGAGGAGCACCACGGCAGAGGAGCUGGCCCUGCUUUUCUUCAAGCUCAGGCCUCUCCUGAGGAGCACCACGGCAGAGAAGCUGGCCCUGCUUUUCUUCAAGCUCAGGCCUCUCCUGAGGAGCACCACGGCAGAGAAGCUGGCCCUGCUUUUCUUCAAGCUCAGGCCUCUCCUGAGGAGCACCACGGUAGAGAAGGAGCUGGCCCUGCUUUUCUUCAAGCUCAGGCCUCUCCUGAGGAGCACCACGGCAGAGAAGCUGGCCCUGCUUUUCUUCAAGCUCAGGCCUCUCCUGAGGAGCACCACGGCAGAGAAGCUGGCCCUGCUUUUCUUCAAGCUCAGGCCUCUCCUGAGGAGCACCACGGUAGAGAAGGAGCUGGCCCUGCUUUUCUUCAAGCUCAGGCCUCUCCUGAGGAGCACCACGGCAGAGAAGCUGGCCCUGCUUUUCUUCAAGCUCAGGCCUCUCCUGAGGAGCACCACGGCAGAGAAGCUGGCCCUGCUUUUCUUCAAGCUCAGGCCUCUCCUGAGGAGCACCACGGCAGAGAAGCUGGCCCUGCUUUUCUUCAAGCUCAGGCCUCUCCUGAGGAGCACCACGGCAGAGAAGGAGCUGGCCACACUCAAGGAGGAGUUUGCCAAGUUGAAGGACAUGUUUGACAAGUCUGAGGCAAAGCACAAGGGGCUGCAUGAGAGACAGGUGGCCCUGAUCCAGGAGAAUAAUGACCUGGCCCUACAGCUGCAGGCAGAGCAGGACAACCUGAUGGCUGCAGGUUGUGACCUGCUGAUCAAGGCCAAGGUCAUAGAGCUGAAGGAAAGACUUGAGGAUGAGGAGAUGAACGCCAGCCUGAACGCCAAGAACCACAAGCUGGAGGACGUGUGUGCAGAGCUGAAGAAAGACAGAUCUGGAGAUCACCAUGGCCAAGGUGGAGAAGGAGAGACAUGCCACAGAGAACAAGGUGAAGAACCGGAUGGAGGAGAUAGGUGUUCUGGGCGAGUCCAUAAUGAGCCUGACCAAGGAGAAGAUGGCCCUGCAGGAGGCCCACCGGCAGCCCGAGUCCAUCUUGUGUCUGACCAAGGAGAAGGCGGCCCUGCAGGAGGCCUACCAGCAGGCCCUGACUAACCUGCUGGUCGGGGAGGAUAAGGUCAAUAUGCUGAGCAAGGCCAAGGUCAAGCUGGAGCAGCAAGUGGACAAUGUUAGUAAAGGGACAUGAAAAACACACUUCACCACAUACAGUAGCCUAACUAGCUCCUUAGUUAAACACAUAGCGUCUGUCAAUCAUUAAAAUGAAGGGUCACACGGCACAGCAUGACUUUAAGUUAUUAAUUUGUCAGAAAGUUAAACUGACCUCGAGAAGCUAACCAAACUCACCUUUCUCUGCUUCUCGCUCUGUGUAAGCAGAGUAUAAUUGUAGGCUAGUGGAACCUGAGGCUAUGGUACCAAGAUCUCCUUCAGCCAGAACACUGAACAAAUAGCUGUAGGAGAACAAGGUCAGAGGUCACCCGUAUACAGUGCUUUUAUUCAAAACCCCUUUCAACAUUUUGUUAAGUUACAGCCCUAUUCCAAAAUGUAUUAAAUUGUUUCCCACACCCCCACCCCCCUUAUCAAUCUACACACAAUACCCCAUUACGACAAAGCAAAAACAGGUUUUUAGAAUGUUUUGCUAAUUUAUUAAAAAUAUAAAACUGAUAUGUCACAUUUACAUAAGUAUCCAGACCCUUUACUCAGUUCUUUGUUGAAGCACCUUUGGCAGUGAUUACAGCAUCACGUUUUCUGGGGUUUGACGCUACAAGCUUGGCACACCUGUAUUUGGGGAGUUUCUCCCAUUCUUCUCUGCAGAUCCUCUCAAGCUCUGUUGGGUUGGAUGGGGAGUGUCGCUGCAUGGCUAUUUUCAGGUCUCUCCAGAGAUGUUCGAUCAGGUUCAAGUCCUGGCUCUGGCUUGGCCACUCAAGGACAUUCAGAGAGUUGUCAGGAAGCCACUCCUGCAUCGUCUUGGCUGUGUGCUUAGGGUCGUUGUCCUGUUGUAAGGUGAACCUUCAACCUAGUCUAAGGUCCUGAGCGCUCUGGAGCAGGUUUUCCUGCCACUGAAAAACAUCCCAACAGCAUGAUGCUGCCACCACCAUGCUUCACCGUAGGGAUGGUGCCAGGUUUCCUCCAUUUAGGCCAAAGAGUUCAAUCUUGGUUUCAUCAGACCAGAGAAUUUUGUUUCUCAUGGUCUCAGAGUCUUUAGGUGCCUUUUCUCAAACUCCAAGUGGGCUGUCAUGUGACUUUUACUGAGGAGUGGCUUCUGUCUGGCCACUCUAUCAUAAAGGCCUGAUUGGUGGAGUGCUGCAGAGAUGGUUGUCCUUCUGGAAGGGUCACCCAUCUCCACAUAGGAACUCUGGAGCUCUGUCAGAAUGACCAUCAGGUUCUUGGUUCCUUACCAAGGCCCUUCUCCCGAUUGCUCAGUUUUCCCGGGCGGACAGCUUUAGGAAGAGUCUUGGUGGUUCCUAACUUCUUCCAUUUAUGAAUGAUGGAGGCCACUGUGUUCUUGAGGACCUUCAAUGCUGCAUACAUGUUUUGGUACCAUUCCCCAGAUCUAUGCCUCAACACAAUCCUGCCUCAGAGCUCUACAGACAACUCCUUCAACCUCAUGGCUUGGUUUUUACUCUGACAUGUUCUGUCAACUGAGGGACGUUUAUUAUAGACAGGUGUGUGCCUGUCCAAUCAAUUAAAUUUACCACAGGUGGACUCCAAUCAAGUUGUAGAAACAUCUCAAGGAUGAUCAAUGGAAACAGGAUGCACCUGAGCUCCAUUUCGAGUCUCAUAGCAAAGGGUCUGAAUACUUAUGUAAAUAAGGUAUCUUUUUUUGUUAUAAAUUUGCUAAAUUGUAUUAAAACCUGUUUUCGCUUUGUCAUUAUGGGGGUAUUGUGUGUAGAUUGAUAAGGAAAAUUAGUUUUCUUGUCAAUUUUAGAAUACAGCUGUAACGUAACGAAAUGUAGAAAAAGUCAAGUGGUCUGAAUAUCUUCAGAAUACACCGUAUAUCCAGCAUUUUUGUCAAAAUUGCUCAGUAAAUUUGGUUCGGGUUCAUUGAUAGACAGCGAUAUUUAAAUCCUGUUUUAAGCAAAUUUAAGUCAGGACUGAGACUAAACCAAUCAACACCUCUUGGAAAGCCAUGCUGGUAUGUCUUUUGCAUAAACAUGGUGUAAUUGUCCCACAGAAAUAUAAAACCUAUCCCAGGGUUAGGUUAAGACUGAGGUGGGCUUUGCUCCUUUCAUAUUUAUUUUCAUCCUAAUUCCCCAGUCCCUGCCGAUGACAAGCAUACCCAUAACAUGAUGCUGACACCACAAUACUUGAACAUACUAAAAGGAUCAACAACAUUGCAUUCACUUCAUAUUACUGGCCUGUACGACAAAGUGUAAAGAAAGAAGCCUGUGUUAAAAAAAAAAACAUUUUGUUUGCAACAAGGCUGUUAAAACCUGCUAAAACCUGCAAAUAAACGAACUUUUUGGCCUAAAAUAAAAACGACAGUAGGGGAUCAAGUUCAAUACAACAGAGUGAAACUCUUGUCUAUUUACAAAUAUUGUGGGCUGCAGCAUCAUGUUAUGGGUAUGCUUGUCAUCGGCAGGGACUGGGGAGUUUGUUAGGAUCUAAAGAAAUAUGAAACUAGCAAAGCCCAGGUAAAAUGUAACAGGAAAACCCGUCUUCUGAAAUGGCUUUCCAAGACGUGUGGAGUGUUCUUGAGUGGUCUAGUCUCAGGCCUGACUUAAGUCUGCUUGCAGAAGGAAGUGGAGGCCUGCUAGUACUCCUUGAUUAAACUCUUGUGCUUUCAGAUGACUGCAAUGGGUGUUAAGUAUUUGACAUGUGUGUUCAAAUAGCAAUGAUUUGUGAUAAGACUAACACAAACCAACGCCAUGUUAAAAGAUUAAAUACUUAAAUAGCCUUUGACAGGACUGUCCAUUGUCAACAAUACAUUGUACUUUACAUCCAUGUGUUGUAGUGAAUUAAAGCACUUAAAUAAAAAGACAAA